UCUCGAUUGCACGAUGGUCCUAGAAUUCAGAUGCUCCCCGGUAUCCGUCUUUUAAUCAAUACCUGCUCGAUAUAUCUGCAUAGAACGUGAAGAACCAAGAUCUGAGAUCAGGUUCAAGGAGGAAGAGCUGAGCUGCUUUGGCAGUGCUGUAGAAUUGCAUAGCACAAGCCUAAAAGGAACGUGCAUGCAGAGCCGCACGUACUUGUGUAGUUCAGGUGACGAGUUGAGCAGACUUUCUGGAAGCUCCUUCGCUUUUCUUACCUGCAUUGUGCUCCUUAGGUGGACUCAUCCCGCAUUGCAAGACUUUGCAUCAGCGUCGGCCUGAGAGUGGGCGUCGCAAGCCCGAGCCAACCCCAGCAUCGGCGUCCUCAAUGGCUACCAGUACAUGUGGCGCUUGUCACGUCCGGCCACUCAAGGGUCUACAUCCUACACGCUUUGCUGCUCAAAAUGACAACCCUGUGACAGCUCAAACUUUGUCGUGUAGACUAGGGCGGGCGAAGGCAGACAUGACCCCUUUGGCCAAAACUGAGAUUACUAGGAUUAGGUUAAAAGCGCAGUUUGUUUGUGAAGAAAGUGUUGGUCCAGCAGGCGGUUGCGGAAGCAGUCACAGGUUUAGCAGUUCAACAGGGCUGUGGGGUAAGAGAUCACUGAAAGGGGGGUCACUAGGAGUAGAAAGCCUUCCAGUAAGAAGGAGUCAGCGUGCCAUGGCUUUGUUUGGACUUGGGAGCGAGGCCCCACCUGAGAGCAUCCCCCUGACGCCAAUCAAGACAGAGGAGGACCUCGACGCUGCGCUGCAAACAGCGGAGGAGGAGGGACAUGCGCUCCUUAUUGACUGGAUGGCCACCUGGUGUAGAAAGUGUAUAUACCUCCUCCCAAAGAUGGAGAAACUGUCCGCCGAGUUUCACGAUGUCAGGUUCUACAUGGUCAACGUCAACGAAGUGCCUGGAGCGCUCGUCAAGCGGGGCGGCAUCCAAAAGAUGCCGACCAUUCAGCUUUGGAAGAACAAAGAGAGGGUAGGGGAAGUUAUCGGGGGCCAUAAGGCCUGGAUGGUCAUGGACGAGAUCCGGGAUAUGAUCAAGACGGAUGGGGUUCAAGGGGCUGGUUCGAGUUGAUUACUCAGGAGUUGCUGUCAGAAAAGGUGGUCAUUUCUUGUGUGUUGGUGACUUGUGUAUGGCUGGCCUGUAAGUAAGCUAUUCAAGGUAACGGCUGUUGGGCCGUCGGCAAUCUGGCUAGGUGUUGUUUCCGGUCCGAUUCUUGUCUCGUGCCUUGCAGCCUUAGGAAGCUGCAGGGUCAACAAACGUUCAAAUCCGGGCUUUGUCGGAGGUUCCGUG